AUGGAUGCACUUGCAGAUAAAGUGGGUAAUUUGGAUAUUCUACCAAAGAAGGGAGUGGAUCUUGACCAAUCUCCGGAAUUUCCUCUAGUAUACAAGGAUACCUUUGUUGUUAGAUCCAGUGAAGAAGGGUUUAAAACAGAAUACGAUGUAAUAGUAAUAAGAUUCUCCGAUUCAUGGCAACUUUUCCUGACUCAUGACCAGAAUAUCUCAACAUGGCUAUGUACUCAUAAUAAUCCCUCAAAUGUAGAUGUAUCGUCCGUCAGUGUUCUAUUAGGGGAUAGGACUCAAGAAUACUACCAAGUUUAUGGUAGAAAUUUCAUUAAAAUCCUAGUGAAGUGUUUGGAAAAUUCCGGAAAGAUCGAAAAAUACUCUCCACAAAGAAUAACUCUGAUUGCGGCUCUGAAUCUAAAGGUAAAUAAUCCUCUAGUUAACAAAAUGCCCAGGAUAAAAGUCCAGAAACUUUCAAGCAAAUCAUGGAAAAAGUAA